AUGUCUGCUCGCAACCUCACUGCUCUUGGUUUUUCGGUGGGUGUUGGCGUCAUCACUGGAGUUUACAUAUUCAAGCCAACUCUAGAAGAGCAGCGGAAAUCGAAUGAAUUCUGGAGGAGCCCUGGUGAAGCACAAAUUGGCGGUGCCGCAGAAAAUGCCAAUUCGAACCCACAGGACCUGACGAAUCAGCCCCCAAACCGCCAGGGCCAGGGCCAGGGCCCAGAGAAAUGA